AUGCAAGCGACGCCGGAUGAGUCCUCCGGGACUAGCAGCAUCUUCUCCUGCGCUCCCUGUGUGCUUCACGUGCUCUAGUUUUCAUGUAUGUACAUUUCCCUGCAGCGCCUGCCCUGUUUCAGCGUGGCGAACAUCCACGCCAAGUUCAAGGAGGGCCAGCAUCCGUUGAGCGAUUCCUACAAGCGGUACAAGCAGCCCGGCACCACCACAGCCAGCCAGGAAGGACUUAAUAGUGCGGGUCAGGGUCACCAGGGCCUGGUUCACCAUGCGCCGCACCAACCGCAGCCGGCGGCGCAGCCAUCGCAUGGCAUCCUGAGGAGUGGAAACUCGCGACUCCACCAGGUCCACGAUGCGGGACGAGGACACACUGCAAUGCCCGGCCAGAUUGGCCAUCCCGGACAGACCCAAACCCUUCCAGGAGCAUGUCGCAAGCAUCCGAAUGCCGGAUCGAAUUUGAAUCUCUAUCUGCACAAUGACCUGGAGAGGCGGUUUUACUUUGAAAAGCCAGCUGUGUCCAAGUGCAAUCUGCACUCGCGCAGCUUCGCUAAGUCGCUGAAUGAGCUUUGCACGGAUACGUCAGUGUCCUCCGCCCACGUUCCUGCCCCACAGCCAGCUCCACCUGCCCCCUCCGCUGCCGACCCACUACCCGCACCUGCCCUCUUCGCCGACUUGCCGCAGGAAUUUCCGCUCACCCGAUCCGUCUCUACCGCCACGGAAAUAUAUCCUGCUCCAGCGCCGCCCUCCGCCCAAAUGAAACGAAAGCAGCAGCGGAACAUGGCCACCAAUACGAACACGAAGAUCUCAAACCAUCCCCCAUCCUCCCACUCGCAGUUCGAGGAUCAGUCGCGCCUGUGUGGCCUGAAGCGGGGCCUCCGGAAGACCAAGGACGAGCUCUUCGAGGAGUUCUGUCGACGAGCUGGAAUGCGCAGCAAGCCAAAGAACAUCUACUACAUCAGUGGCGGGGAUGAGGCGGAGGAGCAGGAGGAGCAGGAGGAUCAGGCUAAGCGGGAGGAAGCACCGGACGUUCCGCAUCGCGACGACGACGACGAUGCGGAUGGCGAUGAUCACGGUUUCAGGCAGUUCAACCGCAUGGAGGAGGAUCAUCUCUAUGUAGUGGGAGACCAUGCCCAAUUGGUGGUGCCGCGUCGCACGUCCAUGUGCGUGGACUCCAUGGGACAGCCGCUGCGCAGACUCAACUCGAACCUGUCCCUGCACACGGAUCUCAGUUUCCCGGGAACGAGUGGCUAUCCGGGCAUGCGGAUGUCCCUGCCACAGCCAGCUGAUCUCGGCCAGAGUCGCACCUUGCCGCGCUGCUUCCUGCGGCAGUCCUCCGACUCGCUGGCCUCCCAAGGCUACCCACUGGGCUCCAGCCAGCAGAGGUUCUCCCAGCUGAUGCUGAAUCAGCCGCAGAGCCGCUUCGUGUCCUCCACCUUGACGCUGCCCCAGGUGGUGGCGCCCAAGAGUCAGGUGCAGUGGCCCACGGCGAUUCCCUCGUCGCCGUCGAACUACUCGAUUGGCUAUCAGCAGCAUCCGCAGCCCAUUUACCCAGCUGCCACGUCAGUAAGUGGAGCACCUGGGCCCUCGGCCCCCGUCUCCGGACCACCGAAAUUCCAGCGCGGCUACGCAUUCGACGAUCCACAGCGUAGGUCCAGUUUCGUGAGCGAUGCCUUCGACCUGGACGAGAUCGAGCGGGAGCGACGACGAUCCCAUGCCAGUCUGUUUGGCAUGGGCCAGGUGAGGGAUCCCUACGACCUCAUCAAUGGCACCGCCGUCUAA